AUGCAAACCUUAAACUCAAAUAAUCCAAAUAUUGCUCAAAUUCACAACGCUAUUGCUGCUGAUUAUUAUACUAAAGAUGAUUAUACCAAUGCAUUGGAAUCAUACAAGAAAGGAUUAUUAAUCUUUACGGAAGCAUAUGGUGAAGAUCAUCCAAAUGUGGCUAUGUGUCUCAAUAAUAUGGGUUUUAUCUAUCAAGAUGAGGAGAAAUACUCAGACGCAUUAGACAUUUACAAAAGUCUUGCUCAAUAUGAUCAAGCAUUAGAAUAUCUGAAUUUAUUACUUGAAAUAUCAAAAAAAUCUCUUCAUCCUCAACAUCCUGAAAUUGCAAUAACACUUGAGAAUAUCAGCCUUGCUUAUGAAAGAAAAGAUGAAAUGUCUGAAGCACUCUUCUAUAUUACACAAGCAGCAACAAUAUUUCGCCAUUCAUUACCUCCAACACAUUCUAGAGUAAUUGAAAUUGAACAAAGUAUUCAACAUAUUUCAUCGAAACAAAAAUAG